AUUUUCGAUUGUAGCCCGGCUGAAUCGGUUGUGUUUUGUUAAUUGUGGCAUUGAUCGUCAAUCGUCGACGAAACGGAAGUUUCAUUACAGCUCAUUCACAUCGGCCACGGCAUUCGACUUUGAUACAACGAUUCCUUUUCGCUCUCUCUCCACUUCGAACUAACGGAACGAAAUCAACAAGGCGACGAUUUUUGUUAUUCUUCGAGUUGAGCUGCUCUCUCUCUCGGACACCAAACAUACCUAGAGACAAACAGUCUGAAAGCAGCAGCGUUUUUUGUUUUGUUCCUGUGAAUGUGUAUUUCCAACUCGCUCCAACUCCUGCAGUUGUGUGUAGUAGAACGCAAAAAAUUUCAAUAUGUGUCUGUGAGUUGUUUGAGAAUCGGUAGUUAAAAGUGGUUUGACGCUGAUAUUGCCAAUGCACAACCAUAUUUUUUUCCUUCGAUCUCUCUCUCUCUCUCUCUCUCUCUGACCAUGAUUUAUUGUUAUUCUUUUUUUGCCGUUCGCGUUAAGCUAAACGUUUCUUAAACUGGUAUUAACUCUUUCUGAUCAAAAAGCGCUCGUCGACCGUGCUUCGUAAUCAGUUGUUAUCGGAAUUUCGUGUAGUGAUAGUCGCGAUUUGACUCACCAAAAACCAAAGAACAUUUUUGUUUUGUUUUUUUUUUUCAUUCCGAAUUGCUUGUGUGAAAGCGACAGUGGUUUUAAUCUGAUUCAGUCCAUUUAAGCAACGAGGAUUUUUAACGGGAUUUUUCGACGUUUUUUCUUUCGUUCGGAGAAUUUUGAAAUGUGUUGAAAAAUGAGAAUUAGUGAUAAAAUUAUUGGAGUUUUGUGAUCAUCUUUUUUUGAGAAAAAUGAUAAAAGUGCAUUAAAAAACAUUAAAUUGAAUUAUUUUCAAAUUGAACAAUUGAAUUUAAAAAAAAAUUGGAUGAAAAUAAUUCGUCGCAAAAACAAUUGUGAUAAAAAGACAACCUAUAAAUUAAAAACCUGAUCGAAUCAAAAUAAACGAUUUUUGAAGAAAAUUUUCACAAUAAGAGAAACAAUAACAUUGAACCAAAGAUUUAAACCAAAGAAAAACGAAAUGGAUGUGUCUACAAUGAAAGCAUCACAACUACCGUUGGAUUUUAGUUUGAAUGUAAAAGCGGAUGGUUUAACCAAUCUCAAUAUUCAAGUGAAAACAGCCGAAAACGGAGCAAGCAUGUUAAUAUCACCAGAUAAAAGUCAGCAUUCCGCAUUCAAAGUGGUGACACCGAAGCAUGCCGACGGAGCACGAAAUGGUUUGUUUCCAUUCCCGUUAAACAGUGAAUUUAUUAACAACUAUCGUCGAUUGUACGGUCCAGUUCAGUUAACAUCAAUCAUGAAUGGCAACGAUUUGUCAAAAUCACCACAUCGACGAUCGCCCGUUGACUCAAAACGACUCAAAGAACAACUUAAUUUCAGUAUAAGCCGUUUGGUGAAGGGUCCCGAUUCCGACGAAGAAGACAACAAUAACACCUACGAGCAACGGAAUCAUCAACGAACACAAGGGACAAAUGGAAAAGUCACACCACAUUCAGAGGUUGAAUCCAGUUGCAAAGAUUCAUGUACAAAGUCUCGAUCACGCAGCUCGUCUCGGUCACGCUCUCGAUCGCCAGCCAGAUCAUGUUCAGUUUCACCCGAAUUAGAGGUGGAUUCACCGCCACCGCCAUUGAGAAUGAACGAAUCACCAACGAAUACGAAUAUUUUUCAUAAUGUUGUCAAGAAAUCGGAAACGUUUUCGAUGUCGGCACUGUUGAGAGAAGAUGGCCCGCGAGCACCGGCAAAAUCGCCUCUCAGUUCAAAUAUGGCAUUUGAUGCAUUCCGAACAACCGCUUCAGCAAACUACCCGCCAAUUUAUGAUCAAAAUAUGCUACACCAUCGGCCCCUCUUUCACACAUUCCCAUGGUUGGCUGCAGUUGCUUUCCAUCAAGGUCAACAGCCGAAUGCGCCAAGCGCUGCCGGUGCUUAUGGGCCCAUUGGACACGAAGAUUUACUACGAUUUCGUAAUCUUGUAUCACAAACAUCAACAUCGUCAGCGGCUGGAUUACAAGGAUCAAAUGCAGCCGCUGCUGCACAUUUAAACUUUGCCCAACAGCAUCAUUUACACCAUCAUCACCAUCAUUUAUUUAUGCGACCCGGCAUACCAUCGCUGGGCGACGUUUAUUCCUGCGUCAAAUGCGAAAAGAUGUUCUCCACACCACACGGCUUAGAAGUACAUUCACGACGAUCGCACAACGGUAAACGACCAUUCGCCUGCGAACUCUGCAAUAAAACAUUCGGCCACGAAGUCAGUCUGAGCCAACAUAGGGCCGUUCAUAAUGUGGAAAAAGUGUUCGAGUGCAAACAAUGCGGAAAAGCCUUUAAACGGUCAAGUACAUUAUCCACUCAUUUAUUAAUCCACAGCGACACGCGGCCAUAUCCAUGUAGCUACUGCGGGAAACGUUUCCACCAAAAAAGUGACAUGAAAAAACACACCUACAUUCAUACUGGAGAGAAACCACACAAAUGUUCGGUAUGCGGAAAGGCAUUCAGUCAAAGUUCCAACCUUAUCACUCAUUCGAGAAAGCACACCGGCUACAAACCAUUCGCCUGUGAACUCUGCCACAAGGCAUUCCAGCGGAAAGUCGAUCUAAGGCGUCACAAAGAGACUCAACACGCCGAAAUUGGACCGCUCAUUCAUUAAAUACCAGUUGAAAUGAUACGGUGAACAGUGUUCACUGAACACUCUCCAGUGAAAAUCGAGUUGAACACGAUUCGCAGUUAGUUUAUGAAAAGAUGAUGAUCUUUUUUUCUGUUUAUCAAAUCAAUCAAUAGAAUAUUGUGCAAUUUUCCGAUUUGAUUCCUAAGUAAAUGUGCAGUUGAAUAUUUAACGUAAAUAUUAUAAUAAAAUGAUCUAUCAUGAGCAACAUUUAGAAUAGUGUUAGACGAUAAGCCUAUCAACAUUGAACUUAAAUUUAAACACAGAUUCUCCAAAGCAUAAGUUGCACCCAGCUACAAUUGGGCUACUUACUAUUAAUUAUUAUUAGCCAAACCCUAGAAAUCGUAAGCGUACUUAUAUUUUCGAUUUUAGCACUUUUCAACGUCUCGCAAAAACAUUUAAUGUUCAAAUGGUGUUCGAUUUAUUUUUUUUUAUUUCUUCCGUUAAUUUUCGUUUAUAUUGCUUUUGCUACUUGAUUUAAUAAUUUUUUUUCUAUUGAAUCAAAUGACAUACUUUAGUUAAUUUUAUUUAAAUUUCACCGUUUUUGUUUCUUUUUUUUCUAAUUUGUUGAUUUCUAACAGAAAUGUUUCUGUAUCAAAUUGUACAUAUGAUUAAGAGUAUCCCGUAGGAAAAUUGUGGUGCUGAAUGGAAUAUUUAGCUGUUUCUAUCCAAAGAAGCUGGUCAGAACACAUUUCCACGAAAUAUGUUCAGAAAUGUCUGAAAGAAAAAUGUUUGCAUGUGAAAUGCUUCGCAAAACGGCACCAAGCGACAGGUCAAAAUUGUCAAAAUCAGUGCGUCUAUAAUAAUUAGAUCAAAUUUUUAAGCAACAAAUGUGUGUAAAAUGUUAGCAUAAUCCUAUUUUAGGCUCUAAAAAUUUCAUUUCUUCAACACUAAUUUCUAUAUACAAAAUUAAUUUUUAACUGUUACCAAAAACACUUCUUGCAACCAAUUCUUUUGUGUAGAUAUUCGAUAAAGUUCAUAUAAAUGUCUGUCUGUACAUUUCUCACCCACGUUCAAAUCAAAUUGUUUUCGGUUAUUUGUCUUCUAAAUUUAAGUCUUGGCACAACAGAUUCGAUUCAAGCUGUAAAUUGGAUACAAAUUACUGCAUUGUAAAUGUUCACACUUUUAUUUGAUUAGCUAAAGAAGAAAUAAACAUUUUGAAAGAAA